UCCCGAUCGUUCGUCUUAGUUUACUUACGCCCCCUUCUCCUUACCACUUGAAUUUGUGUUAGGUUGUGAGUGGAGUUUAUUGCCAGAGAGAACCAAAGUUUUGUCAGGAACGAAAUCCCACAAUGGGGAAACUACAGGUCGGCCAGGGAAGGGAUUUAAUGUUUGGACUGCGAAGGUGGUGACCAGGCAGUACAUUAGGCCAGGAUGCCAGAGAUGACAGAGAACCAGACUCCUGGCCAUAAACCACGGAAGAAAAAAAACAAGGAAUCUCACAAUGCAGUUGAGAGACAGCGAAAAGAGAAGAUCAACGCUGGAAUUAACCGUAUUGGGGACCUUCUACCCUGUUCCCAGGCACUGAAGCAGAGUAAGAACAUGAUCCUGGACCAGGCCUACCAUUACAUAAUUGAGCUACAGAAACAAAAGGACGCCAUGCUUCUCAAGGGAGGAGACCUAGUACAAGCUGAGGAGAUCCGGCGGCUGCGGCAUCAGCUGGACGAGCUGCGGAAGGAGAGCGGCCAUUACAUUGAGCUGCUAAAAGCCCACGACAUCAACUUCCUGGACGACCCCACUGUCCACUGGAAGGGCAAGUUGCGCUGUGCAAAGGUAGCCAAAGUAACGCCCACUCACCAGCUCCCCAAAAGAAUUAUUGUCUACUCCAAUGGGAAUGUGAUACGCCCAGCAGGAAAGGAACCUAGUUCAGCCUCCGAUCAGGGGAAGCAACAUGCUGAGGCUGUGAUUGUUCAGUCAUCUUGUGACAUUACAGCAGGGGUAAGGGUGAACAGGGUUCUUAAGCACGUCAGCGUCCCUUCCUCUGCCCCUCCGCUCCUCCCUGGGGCAACCCUUGCCCCUACAGUGUCUACACCUGGCAUCAGGCUGGUGGAACAGUGUGUAGCAGAGGCACCUUCAGCCCCAAAACUGCCGCCCUCUGUGUCCUACUUCACCCUCCAGGGUCUCUGCCCUCUCCCGACUGUCACCACCGCCUUGCCACAGCAGCCCCAGCCUGCCACCCCAGCCCCUAGUCUCACCGUCGCAGCCAGUCUGGCCACCCAACUCCCUCUCCAGCCUGUCCCCAGCCUUACAGCCCUUCCCCAGGUUAUAACCACCCAGAACACUGCCAGCAGGACUCUGAGUUAUACGACUAUCCCUAGCAGCUCAACCCUCCUCAGGGCCAGUGCGGCAGGGAGCACACAGACCACCUGGACUACCCUACAGCUGGCUGGGAACACAGUGCAACCUGUCUGCCAGUCUCUCUCCACACAGGAGACUAGCGCCACUGGGCAGCAGGUGUCCGUAUGCCCCACAAGCGCUAAACCAUCAGUUCAACCCAUUCAUAUUCAAAUGAGGCCACAGGUACCCAUACAGCCCCAGGCACCCAUCACUGCCCAUAUCCAAGCCCAGCCCCCCAUACAGAGGACACCCCAGCUACGGCCAGCUAUCCUUGCACAGCACCAGCCUCAGCCAGUCAUGGCCCCCAAGCCACAGUGUGCCAUCCUCCCUCAGUCAGCCAUAAUGCCCCAGCCUGCUGUGGUAGCCCACUCAGCUAUGAUGUCACAACCUCAACCUGCUGUACUACAACAGGCAACAGUCCUCCCCCAUCCACAGACUGCUCUGAUGAAUCAGCCCCACCCCCAGACAUCUGUGAUGCCCCUCCAGACCAUGCAAGUAUUGCAAGUAAACCCUGCAGGGACAACGGUUGCUAGGGUAACGGCUCCUCAGAACACUAACAACCCGAAUGUUGUCAUCCUACAGCAGACCAAUCCCUGCUCAGCCCAGUCGGUUGUCAGGGAGGACUUAACCAAUCAGACGCCUUGCCAGCACAUCGUCAUCAUCCAGGCCUCCAAUCAGCCUCCACCUGCUCCUCCUCAGAACCCUCAGGUUGGCAUGGUGCCCACUACAGCACCUGUCAUGCCCAAUCAGAUUGUCGCAACCAGCUGCCCAACUUCCACCUCUGGGCAACAGAUAUUUGGGGGUAAACAGUUGGUCCACAUUCUACCCCGUCCUGUCCCUCAAACCCAGGCCCCCCCGGUUCCCCCGACCCCUCAGACCAUCACUGUGAACGGCCAGGUGUUUUCCCUGCAGCCCAUGAAGACCUCGGAUAAGUAUGGUUCUCAGGGUGGCCAGAGCAGUCUCCAGCUGAUCCAGCCCACCACUGUUGAGGAGCCCACCACCAACGUGGCUCUGCACACCCUGGGAGCCCUCAGCAGUCUCAACCAGAGCAUCUCACAGGGCAUGCCGCCAUGCAUCUCCACCCAGAGUAACGUCCAGCUGACCCUUGCCCCACCAUCCUACUCUAUAGUGCCACAACAGCCAUCUUCUGUCACGGUUUCAGCAGCUCCACACAGUUCCCCUGUCAGUCAGAUCUCGAUCCCCAGUGGGACUCCACCCAGAACAGGUCUGGAGGUGGGUACAGGGAAGGCCUCGCGGAGACAGCCUGGCACAGCUUCAAUUCCCAGAGCUAAGAGAGCCACCACCAAGAGGACCAAGUUGGUUAGGAAGAAGGAGCCUAAACGGGGACAGACUAGUCGUACUGUCACCAUUGCAGCCAAGCCAGUGGGUGUAACAGGGGACCGUCAGGAACAAGAGGCCACUGUGGCUCAGGGAAUCGCAUCCUCUGCUGCUGGGACAAUACAGCCAAAGCCUGGCCCUGUCAGCACCACAGUGAACACAUCCUCGGUUAGUAGUAUUGAGGCUUCCACACAGAGCAGACCUGUGAAUAGUGUUGGCUCUCCACAGUCCACACCUAAAGAUGGUAGUGUCAAUGCUGCUACACAUAGUGGGCCAACUGUCUCCAGUGCAUGCACAACACAGAGUAGAACCUCUGUGGCAAAUGCCACUAGUGUCACUCCGUGUACAUCAACAGUCGGUAUCAGCUCCACACAGAGUCAACUCAUUAUCACUAGUGUUGUGAGUCUAUCUGCAGUCACCACUAUCACGUGUGCAGCAGAUACGCCUACAGUCAGUGCUAUUGUUUCUUCCCAGAGUAAACAACCUGCUGUUGCCCCUAGUGACAGCUCCACUCACCUUAGACCUAUAGUCACACAGAACAGACAGCCUGUCACUACUACUGUCAACACUGUGCAAGCUAGAUUAGCUGCCACCAAUGGCAGUUCUAGACAGAGCAGAUCUAUGCUGAGCAGUGCCUUUUCCACAGAGACUAGAUCCACAUCUACGGGUGUGACGUCGUCAGCAGCAUGUCGACCCUCAGUCAGCACUGUAAGCUCAAUAGAAAGUACACCAAUGGUGUCUCUCCAGUCUGCUCAGCUCACCUCAUCAAUGGGUCAGACCAAGCCAGCUAACAGCCAGGAGUCUCAGCCUACAACCCAGACCCAGUCCCAGCCUGUGGCUUUUCCCUCAGUCCCCUCCACUCCAACCCCCUGCUCCGGUGCACUGUCUUUCUCUUCAACCUCUGUAACAGUCCCCAUGACCAUGCCAUCAGAAUACAGGAAGCGGGUCACCUGUAAUAGACCCUCGAACCAGCAAAUGACCAUGCCCACUUCCACCCCCAAACCAUCCCAUCGUGCUGAGCUGAAAGUGACAGCGGUGUCAGGCAGGGAGAAGGAGCCUCAGGCAGAAGGCCACCCCAGCGCAGCGAUGGAGAAAGGGAGUGUGAGGAGUAAUGCAGCGCCCUCUAGAAAGGACUCCACUCUCCCACAGCAGGUGUACACACUAGACAACGAGGCCCCGGAUCAGCCUCAGGCUCCCAGCAGACAGACUGACUCACCCAUGUCUGGUGGAGCAGGUGGUGUAAUGGGCUUCUCUGUGGCGUCCAUGCUUCCUACUGGCCACAGUGUCAGUUCCUCGCCGAGUCAUUUUGGACCGUUUACUUUUACCACAGAGCAGGCUGAUAUCCUGGCUAUGUUGGAGCAGGACAGUCCUGGGAGGAGGGUGGGGGGCUGCACCGUGGACAACCCCACCGGCUCCACAAACAACCCAACGCCUGCAUGGGAACCCAACCCCAAGUCCCAGCAAGCCUCCAGCAGCAAAGAGAGGGGGGCUGGACAACAGACGAAGCUCACCAAACAGAUGGAGACUCCAGCGGCUAAACCCCCAUCACAGGUGUCUGUUAGGGGCCAGGCUGGAGAGGUAGCAGGCAGUGCAGCCAGCGGAGCCAGACAUCCACAGAACCUCUCCUACUCCCAGUCCCAAACCCAGAGCCAGGCCCAGUCUGGUACUGCCAGCACCCUCAGUGUCAACAACCUGAUCCGGCCCAGCUCCCGUCAGCAGCAGGCCUACCCAGGCUCCCCCAGUCUGGCUGGGCAGCAGGGCUCAGUCCCAUCCCCUGUGGGGAACUCAGUCCAUGUCUCCCAGCCCUCCACCCCUGGCCUUCCUCCCUGCUCGGGCUCAGUCCAGCUGAACGAGUACACUCCCCUUAAGAGUGCCCAGAUGAGGCCCCAGGUGGGGGUGGGUGAGCCACGACACAUCAAGGACGUGUCCAAGCGGCCAGCCCAGGACGAUGUGAUGCUGUCCAGCAGUAACAAGCGUCAUAAGACCUGCCCAUCGGCCUCCAACGUGGGAUGCAUGGAGGUCAAACCCCUGGACCACAGCCAGAUGAUGGUACCCCAACUUCCCCCUACCUCCUCAUCCAUCAUGACCAGGAUCAACCCUGAUGGAGUUGGCACCCUGUUCUCAGGCAACACCUUCAUGAGUACAGUGCUUAGACCCACCGAGAGCCACUGUACCCCCCAGCUGCCCGUACAGGAACACAACCAACCAGGUGUGCUCCACCUGCCUCAGGGUCACCCCCAGCAUGGUGCACCCCAGCUGGGCCAACACCUCGGGGGGAACCCCUACCUGAAGCAGCAGCAGCAGCAACAGGAGCACCAGAGGCACCACCUGUACCAGCUCCAGCACCACCUGACCCAGCCUGACCCUGCACAGCUCCACAGCCUCCACCAGAGGGCGCUGCAGCAGGAGCAGCACGUCCAGAAGAAGCGGGUGCUGGUUGGAGGGGGUCAUGGCGGCCCUCCUGUGGGCCUGCAACAGAAACAACACCACCUGGAGAAGACUGGAGUUCAGCAGCAUCAUCAACAAUCACACCAACAACACCAACAACAGUCUCAACAACAGCACCAACAGCAAACACACCAACAGCAGCAGCACCAACAACAGUCACAACAUCAACAGUCUCAUCAGCAACAGCACCAACAGCAAACACAACAGCAACACCAACAACAAGCCCAGUCACAGCAACAUCAUCAACAACACCCUCAACAGCAGAGCUCCCACUCCAGACACCAGCACCUCCAGCAGCAACAGAUCCAGCAGCAGCAGCAACAACAACAGCAGCAGCAGCACUUUGGGUCGCGGCACCAGGAGAAGAGCUGUGAGGGCCAGCCAGGACCAGCAGGACCCAGAGCUCACCACAGCAGCCACCUGGCCCCGCAGGAACAUCUCAAGAAUGGUCAGGACCACAGUACCAUGCAGAGGUUGAUGAGCUCUAGGAAUCUGGAGCAGCAACUGACUUCCCAGCCCAGCAACCCUGCCUCUCGGCCCUCCGACCUGGGCUGUGCCCCCUCGCGCCAGGAGCGCCACCGGGUCUCCAGCUACUCAGCAGAGGCUCUCAUUGGGAAGAGUUCCUCCACUGGUGAGCAACAGCAGCGCAUGGGGCUCCAUCUCCAGGCCACCCGCGGUACUACACAGGAGCAACCAGACCUACGGGGCUACCUGGACACAUCCAGAGUGAAGGGCAACGUUGCACAUAACCCUCAGAGCAGGCUGCCCCCAGACCACCCUGGUUCUGCAGACGUCCAGAGGAUUUCUGAGUGUCCUCCGUUUAAAACGCUGAGCGGUGCUGGAGGGGGGCAUCAACUGGGGGGCUUCGAGGUCCAGGUGUCCCGUGGCGGGGACAUGACGCCUAAAUCAGGUCCUUCCUCUCAGAGAGGCCCUCAGGGGCAGCAGGGGGGUUUCCGAAUGGGACCGGGGCCUCCAGGGGAUGGGCGACCCCGUGGUGGGUACAGUGGACCCCAUCCUGGGACACAGGGGGUGCAUAUUGGUGCUCCAGGGCUUCCUCUGGACCAGGAGGGGUGUCAACAGAGCUUCAUGCAGAGUCUCCUGGAGCAGACCAACCACCAGAGGGCAGUCCAAUGCUGUCCUCCGGUCAGUAUGGAGUACGGCUGUGUGCCUGGCAGCUCUGCAGGGGACAUGCAGGCUAAAGCAUCCAGCCCCAGUGUUCCUUCCACACAGAAGGCCUCAGCUAUGAGGCUUGGGGAGGGCAACAAGGGCCACAUCCCUCAGGGUAGUGGGAACAUGGGUGGCCACCCAGGGGUACGGGCAGGCCUCCCCCACCCCCCUACCCCCCACAGCAGCUCCGAGCCAGGCCGCACCCCUGCCCCCUCCAGACCCCCCACCUCAGUCAGCCAGCGCUCCCGCCACAUCACCCAGGAGGCCCAGAGCGGGAAGCUGAGGCCUGGGGAGCGACCACGGUCAGGUAGCCUGAGACCUGGGAAUCCCUUUGAGCCUGACGUCCACCUGCUGGGUCGACCACAGUCAGGGAGUGAGGCGCGGCGCAGCAGUAUCGUCCGCUUUAUGGCAGACAAUGCCCAGGUUGCUGGGGACAACAACCUUGUGCCUGACCAACACCUGACCCAGAACUUUGGCUUCCCCUUCAUCCCGGAAGGAGGGAUGAAUCCCCCUCCUCCUAUCAACGCCAACUCUACCUUUAUCCCUCCUGUCAGCCAGCCCAACUCCUCCCGCCCCUCGGCCCUGCUACCCGUAGAGCCCCAGAACACCUUACCCUCCUUCUACCCCUCCUACCCCUCUGCCGCCCAUCCCAGCGACAUACCCCUCCAGUACUUCUCCAACCAGAUGUUCACCAGCCCCGGCACCGACAAGAGCAGCUCUGCUCCCCUCAACAACCGCUUCGGCUCCAUCCUGUCCCCCCCGCGCCCCGUAGGGUUCGCCCAGGCCAGCUUCCCCCUACUCUCAGACAUGCCCCCUAUGCCCAUCAGCAACUCCUCUGGCAUUACCCCACACCUGUCCAACUUCAGCCUCACCUCGCUGUUCCCAGAGAUCGCCACAGCAAUGCAGCCUGAUGGUUCUGCCAUGCCCAUGUCCCCCCUGUUGUCUCUCUCCAACACUUCCUCUGCAGACUCGGGCAAACAGCCCAACCGCCCCGCCCACAACAUCAGCCAUAUCCUGGGGCAUGAUGGGAGCUCUGCCGUGUAGCUAAGGGGACUUGAGGUGCCAACAUGGUAGUCAGGAAUGGUCUGUUUCCUUUCCAUUUCAUUGAGAAAUGUGUUCAAUUGAAUUACGUGGAGAAAUGUCAUGGCCAAUUGAAUUGACAGGAGUUCCAACUCUUUUGUGUGGAUUGAAGCGGUUGUAAGGGCUGCUGAUCGGUUCUGUAUGUUAGCUGACUUGGUUGGUAUCAUGUUAUUAUUCAUGGUUAGUGAACCUACUCUCACAUUCAACUGUUUUCUACUUUGACUGCCUGUCAGUUCAAUUGAUACCUUAACAUGGCAUCAGAUGCCCGAGUUACUGAAGUCAUAGCAUUUCACUGAGCAUUCCCCUCCCAUACAUCUACGAUGGGGGAAAUAAAGCUUCUAAACCAUAUGGUUUGCAGAUGUGUCCGACGUAUCUGCUUGUAACAUGCUAUGAAGAGUUUUGUACUUUCAUUGACUGUGACAUUAACAUUGCACAACAUUCUAAAUGUAGUAACUUAAAAUCAUGGUGGCUGUACAUGGUGGCCAUUUGUGUAGAGCUAUUUUGUAAAUAUAUUUCUUAUGGCAAUUGUUAGUAUAAUAUGUAUGUAUCUGUAAAUAAAUAAAGUUGAUUUAUUAACCUUUA